ACCGCUCGCUCGCGCCUACGUCUCGACACUUAAAGUUACGAACGCGAAAUGUCGUUUAGUUUAUGAUUUUCCAAUUUACGUACCUAACAAAUAAAAUUUAAUUCGCAAAAUAAAAUCAUGAUUAGUAAUUUUAAAGUCACUUGAAAUAUUUGCCAAGCAUACAUCUUGAUUAAUAUUAAAUAUAGCCUAAAAAAACAUUAUUACAUACUGUAAUUGAAAAUAUUGGUUUGUAUUUUUAAUUUAGACGAUGAAAGUGAAUGACAAUAGUGAAAUAUGAAGAUUGUUAUAAUUUACUUUCUACUUGCGUAUGUAAAAGUAACAAUAUGUCUGCGAGUAGUCAGCAUCACGGUACCGAAGUACAAACAGCGUGGUGAACCUGCCACUUUGACAUGCGACUAUGACUUGGAAGGCGGUCGCUUAUAUUCCGUGAAGUGGUAUAGGGAUAACGAGGAGUUCUACCGGUACAUGCCGAGACUGAGGCCACCUCAACACGCUCAUAGGCUAGACGGCGUAAAAGUUGAUUUGGGAAAGUCUAGUGCUAGACAUGCACAUCUCCGCGAGUUAACAUUGAGAUCACGAGGACUCUACCGCUGCGAGGUGUCUGAAGAAGCACCAUCUUUCCAUUCAGCACAAGCUGAAGCGUUCAUGGAGGUUUACCAUUUUCCUCGCGAUAGCCCUAGUGUUACUGGACAUGAACGUCGUUAUGAAAUAGACGAACCUCUUGAUGUCAACUGUUCCUCUGCUAGAUCUUUCCCAGCACCAGACCUACAUUGGCAUAUUAAUGGACAAAAGAUUACAGAACGAUCCUGGUUGGUUGCUUACGGUGCGAAACCUGUACCACAAGGAUUAUUGGUGUCUACACUCGGACUGAAAGCUCCAGCCAAACCUCGAAUGAAACUCCGCUGCGUUGCUACUAUUGGUACACACAAAAGAGAGCGAACUGUCUUAAUAGACACCAACUCAGCUAGUUGCAAUAGCAGAGUCGGCGCAUCUUUGCUGAUUUUGACAUGCGUCAAUAUGAUUGUGCGUGACAAAAUAUCGUGAUAGGUAGUUAUAUUUGUUAA